GAGCGCGAGCGCCUGCGGACGGACGGACGGACGGCGGCACCGACAACACCAACAACAACAACAACAACAACAGCAACAGCAGCCGCUGGCGCCACAUCCCGGCACCGGGGACAGCCUCCACACUUUCUCCACUCCUCCUUCUCGGCACCAAGGUCGUGCUCCAUGCUCCGCUCGAGCCCCGGGGCUAUUCCUGCUCAAAGAAACUUGACCUUGGAUACAAACCAGCAAAGCAUCAAUGUUUGAGGUUGAGGAAUUAUGUGAUUGCGAGAGGACACGGAUCUCACGAUGCUAACAUUUUACACAAACAGGGCAAAUGUAGACGUCUGUGAAACUUCUUUGCUGGAACAAAUGAAAUGACAGAAACACUGGAUGUAUGAGAGGACCUGUAUUGUGAAAUCUCAGCAUGGCAGGAUUACAGCUCAUGACGCCUGCUUCAUCACCAAUGGGCCCUUUUUUUGGACUGCCGUGGCAACAGGAAGCUAUCCAUGAUAACAUUUUUACACCACGGAAAUAUCAGGUUGAACUUCUAGAAGCAGCUUUGGAACAUAAUACUAUCGUUUGUUUAAAUACUGGCUCAGGGAAGACUUUUAUUGCAGUGCUACUCACAAAGGAGUUAUCUCAUCAGAUCAGGGGACAGUUCAACAAGAAUGGCUCGAGGACUGUGUUUUUAGUUAGUUCAACAUCCUCUGUGGCUCAGCUAGCAGCAGCUGUCAAGACUCAUUCUGAUCUGAAGGUUGGGGAGUAUUCUGUUAUGGAGAACGUUGAGUCAUGGACAUGGGAAGAAUGGAAUAAACGCUUCAGUGGACAGCAGGUGCUAGUUAUGACUUGCCACAUCUUCUUGCACAUAUUGAAGAGAGGCUACAUUCUCCUCUCGAAUAUCAACCUGCUGGUGUUUGAUGAAUGUCACCUUGCAAUUAAAGACCAUCCCUAUCAGGAAAUUAUGAAGAUGUGCGAGCUAAAUCCCUCGUGCCCUCGUAUCUUGGGAUUAACUGCCUCCAUUUUAAACGGGAAAUGUGACCCUUCUGAACUGGAGGAGAAGAUUCUGAAGCUGGAAAAGAUUCUCAGGAGCAGUGCAGAGACUGCCACUGACUUGGUGGUGUUGGACAAGUAUUCUUCUCAGCCUCAUGAGGUUGUGCUCGAUUGUGGCCCAUAUGAGGAUAAAAGUGGAUUAUAUAAAAAACUUUUAAAAGAAUUGGACGAAGCACUUAAUUUUAUUAAUGACUUCAAUAAUGUAUCUGCACGCUGUGAUGAUCGAGGCCCAACUUCAAUCCCUAAGCAGGUACUGGUAGAUUGCCGUGCUGUGCUAACCGUUCUAGGGCCUUGGUGUGCUGAUAAAGUAGCUGGGAUGAUGGUGAGGGAGCUCCAGAAAUACAUCAGGCAUGAGCAGGAGGAGUUGAACAGGAAGUUCCUUUUGUUUACAGAUACUCUUCUGAGGAAAAUUCAUGCACUCUGUGAAGAACACUUCUCACCUGCUACUCUCGAUCUGAAAUACGUGACCCCAAAAGUUAGCAAACUGUUGGAAAUCUUGCAUGAGUACAAACCUUUUGAGCGGCAGCAGUUUGAAAGUGUUGAGUGGUACAACAAUCGGAACCAGGACAAUUAUGUGUCGUGGAGUGACUCUGAAGAUGAGGACGAAGAAAUAGAGGAGAAAGAAAAGGCUGACACUAACUUUCCAUCUCCUUUCACUAAUAUACUUUGUGGGAUUAUUUUUGUGGAGAGACGCUACACGGCAGUUGUUCUAAACAGAUUAAUAAAGGAAGCUGGUAAACAGGAUCUGGAGUUAUCUUAUGUCAGCAGUAAUUUUAUAACUGGUCAUGGCAUCGGAAAGAACCAACCUCGUAAUAAGCAGAUGGAAGUUGAAUUCAGGAAACAAGAAGAGGUGCUGAGAAAAUUCCGAGCGCACGAAACCAAUUUACUCAUCGCAACUAGCGUUGUUGAGGAGGGAGUUGAUGUUCCAAAAUGCAAUCUGGUAGUUCGAUUUGAUUUGCCAACAGAAUAUCGUUCCUACGUGCAAUCUAAAGGCAGAGCGCGAGCUCCCAUUUCAAACUACAUCAUGCUGUCAGAUUCUGACAAAAUUGAAGACUUCAAAGAGGAUCUCAAAACCUACAAAGCAAUUGAAAAGAUUCUCCGAAACAAAUGUUCAAAGUCUGUAAAUUCCGCUGAAGUGGAGGUAGAACCUGUAACUGAUGACGAUGAGCUGCUUCCUCCGUAUGUACUGAGACCAGAAGACAGCAGCCCGCGAGUCACUAUCAACACUGCCAUUGGACAUGUGAACAGAUACUGUGCCAGAUUACCCAGUGAUCCCUUCACACAUCUGGCUCCAAAGUGCAAAACUCAAGAACUAUUAGAUGGUACUUUUCAGUCAACUCUCUACCUUCCAAUCAACUCGCCCCUCCGUAUCCCAGUAACUGGUCUUCCAAUGCCCUGUACGAGAUUGGCUGAGAAAGCAGCAGCCCUUCUUUGCUGUGAACGGCUGCACAAAAUAGGUGAGCUGGACGAUCACUUGAUGCCGGUCGGAAAAGAAACAGUGAAGUAUGAGGAAGAGCUUGAUUUGCACGACGAAGAAGAAACCAGUAUUCCUGGGAGACCCGGUUCCACAAAACGGAGACAAUGCUACCCUAAAGCAAUUCCUGAAUGUCUGAGGAACAGUUACCCCAAAGCAAAUCAACCUUGCUACCUUUAUGUGAUUGGCAUGGUGUUGACCACUCCUCUACCUGAUGAGCUCAACUUCAGAAGGAGAAAGCUGUACCCGCCAGAAGAUACAACCAGAUGUUUCGGGAUUCUGACUGCCAAACCAAUACCGCAGAUUCCACAUUUUCCGGUAUAUACACGUUCUGGUGAGGUUACCAUAUCUAUUGAAUUGGGCAAAUUGGACUUCACAUUGAGUACCAAGCAGCUGGAGCUGAUCACUAGGCUACACCAGUAUAUCUUCUCUCACAUUCUUCGUCUGGAGAAACCUGCACUAGAAUUCAAGCCUACAGAAGCUGAUGCAGCCUAUUGUGUUCUACCUCUCGAUAUAGUUGAUGGUUGCAGCCAUUUGGAUAUUGACUUCACCUUUAUGGAAGAUAUAGAAAGGUCAGAAGCGCGCACAGGCAUUCCCAAUACACAGUACACAAAGGACAAGCCGUUCACAUUUAAUCUGGAAGAUUAUCAGGAUGCAGUUAUCAUUCCAAGAUAUCGAAACUUUGACCAGCCUCAUCGCUUCUACGUGGCCGAUGUGUACACAGAUCUCACCCCUCUCAGUAAAUUCCCUUCCCCCGAGUACGAAACAUUUGCAGAGUAUUAUAAAACCAAGUACAAUCUGGAUCUGACCAACUUGAACCAGCCUUUGCUGGACGUGGACCACACAUCUUCCAGACUGAAUCUUCUCACCCCUCGUCACUUGAAUCAGAAAGGAAAAGCACUUCCUUUAAGUAGUGCGGAGAAGCGCAAGGCCAAAUGGGAGAGUCUGCAAAACAAGCAGAUUCUUGUCCCAGAACUCUGCGCUAUUCAUCCUAUCCCAGCUUCCUUGUGGAGAAAGGCCGUAUGCCUUCCCAGUAUUCUUUAUCGACUGCACUGUCUAUUAACAGCAGAGGAGCUGCGAGCCCAAACAGCGAAAGAAGCGGGUGUGGGAAUCGAAGCUCUCCCAUCAAACUUCAGGUAUUCCAACCUAGACUUUGGGUGGAAAAAGUCUAUAGACAGCAAAGCUUAUAUCCUGGUUGCCAGCUCCUGUACAGAUGAAAAUGAGUGUUCUUGUAAGCACAGCACAACUGUAGCCCCUGAAGAUGCUGCACAUCGAGGUGCUAUCGACGAGAGCUCCUCAAUUGAGAACCUUCACCAGAUGUCUGUGAACAAAACCACCAAGAGUCUGUCGCCCAAAAAGCCCUUCAGUGCUGACAAAGUCACCAAGAGCACAAUACCAGUUAAUGGUGUAGUUUGCACCGAAAGCCUAACCAAUGGAAGUGCUGAACUGCUGAACCAAGGGUGCAUUUGCCAUCAGAAUCAAAUUAACUCUUACAGGCAUGACCUAUUCGUACAACCAGCUACCUCAGUUACCGUGCAUAACACACAUCGCAGUGAGAACCAGCCCAAGCCCAGUUUUGAAUGUAAUCUACAAAGUAAUAACCGAGACGGAAUUACUAACAAAUCUACCUCAGAUUGUUGCUCAAAAGAGGCAGUUUCCUGCAAUUCCUCAGAGCCUCUGGCAAUUCCGCAAUGGAUUUUGGAUUCGGGUGACUGCCCCCCUGAAGCGUAUACAACUGAAACCCUCGGCCCUAACCCUGGUCUGAUUCUCCAAGCCCUGACCUUGUCAAAUGCCAGUGAUGGCUUCAACCUGGAGCGCCUGGAGAUGCUUGGCGAUUCUUUUCUGAAGCACGCCAUAACAACGUAUCUCUUCUGUACAUACCCAGAUGCCCACGAAGGGCGGUUGUCUUACAUGAGGAGUAAGAAGGUCAGCAACUGCAAUCUCUAUCGCCUUGGAAAGAAGAAAGGUCUUCCUAGUCGAAUGGUCGUCUCGAUAUUUGACCCACCCGUUAAUUGGCUCCCUCCUGGCUACGUGGUAAAUCAGGACAAAUACAUUGCAGACAAGAGCGAAAUGAAAGACAUGGCUGAAUCAGGGCAAGUGGCUAAUGGUGAUCCCUAUGAUGAUGAUGAAGAUGAUGAUGAUGAUGAUGACGAUGAUGAUGAUGAUGAUGAAGAGGAGGAUGAUGACCCCGAUUUCCCUGAAGAUCUGUUGUGGACAGCACAGAAGGAGGAAGCAGAAUACGAAGAUGACUUCUCAGAGUACGAUCAAGAGCAUAUAAAGUUCAUCGACAAUAUGCUAAUGGGGUCUGGGGCAUUUGGGAAGAAGAUCUCGCUGCCUGCUUUCCCGCCUGCUGAUCCAACCUUCGAAUGGAAGCCUCCGAAAAAAGCUGCCACAGGAAACGGUCAUUCCUUCUCUGGCGAUGAGUUUGACUACAGCUCGUGGGACGCCAUGUGCUAUCUGGACCCCAGCAAGGCCACAGAUGAAGAUGAUUUUGUGGUAGGUUUCUGGAACCCCUCCGAAGAGAAUGGUGGCGUUGACACAGGCAAGCAGAGCAUCUCUUACGACUUGCACACGGAGCAAUGCAUAGCAGACAAGAGCAUUGCUGAUUGUGUGGAGGCUUUACUGGGCUGUUACCUGACCAGCUGUGGUGAGAGAGCUGCCCAGCUUUUCCUCUGCUCACUGGGGUUGAAAGUCCUUCCAGCAGAAGCGAAGCUGGGCGAUGAGAGAAAAUGGCCGCCAGAGGAGCAGGGCACCUUUAAUUUGAACGAUAAGCCAGGGGGGAUUAAAAUUGUUUCUUUGUCCCACUUGAAAUCUCCCUGCAAAGGUCAGGAAUAUGGACACCUUCAGAUUCCCCCAAGAUGCAUGUUUGACCACCCGGAUGCCGACAGAACGCUGGGCCACCUAAUAUCGGGUUAUGAAAACUUUGAAAAGAAAAUAAACUACAGAUUCAAAAACAAGGCCUACCUUUUGCAGGCAUUUACUCAUGCCUCCUACCACUACAAUACAAUCACAGAUUGUUACCAGCGGUUGGAAUUCCUUGGAGAUGCAAUUUUGGACUACCUCAUUACCAAGCACCUUUACGAAGAUCCCCGGCAGCAUUCCCCUGGAGUGUUGACAGACCUGCGUUCAGCUCUUGUGAAUAACACUAUCUUCGCUUCUUUAGCUGUGAAAUACGACUACCACAAGUACUUUAAAGCCAUCUCACCCGAGUUGUUCCAUGUUAUAGACGACUUUGUUCAGUUCCAGUUAGAAAAGAAUGAAAUGCAAGGAAUGGACUCCGAGCUAAGAAGAUCUGAAGAGGAUGAAGAAAAAGAAGAAGAUAUUGAAGUUCCCAAGGCCAUGGGGGAUAUCUUUGAAUCUCUCGCUGGAGCCAUCUAUAUGGACAGCAGGAUGUCCUUGGAGACGGUUUGGCAGGUGUACUACCCCAUGAUGAGACCCCUAAUAGAGAAGUUUUCAGCGAAUGUACCACGCUCUCCUGUUCGUGAGUUGUUGGAGAUGGAGCCAGAGACUGCCAAAUUUAGCCCCGCAGAGAGAACGUACGAUGGCAAAGUCCGAGUCACCGUGGAGGUGGUUGGCAAAGGAAAGUUCAAAGGAGUCGGCCGCAGUUACAGGAUUGCCAAGUCUGCGGCAGCUCGCAGAGCACUAAGGAGCCUGAAGGCAAACCAGUCUCCAUUGCAAAACAGCUGAGGAGCCAUCCUCCCUACUCCCACACCCCAGCCCAGCCCGCACCUCUUCAUAAGCUCACCUGGGGUCACGAGAAAACAAGACUGGGUCAUCGAGCGUGAGCCAGUUACUCUAUGAAGGUGUAAAGUGUUUGUACUACAGUAGUAUAAUUUAGGAUUAAUUGUGGACUAUAGUAAGCUCUUGCGCGAACACAAUCCUUCCCUCCUCCUGCCCUAUUUUGCUAGAUUAAUCACAAGAGUGCUUUAUAUUCAUUUUGCAAGCAUUUUAACAGUUGUCAGGUUUCCCUAUGAUGUUUACUUAAUUUUUUUUAAAUAUAGCUUUUUGCUUGGUGUUUAGUGAGCCAGGAAGCUUAUGCUGGUAAAGUGAUUAGUUAUUAGAUUGCACAUUUUUAGUAAUCUUGAAAUUCUUGACCUGUGCACUAGUGCCAGUCCAGCAGCAGUGUGUAAAACUGUCUUGUAUGAGCUGGUGAGAGCAAGCGAGUGUGCCAGUAUUGUCCUGUUUCCUCGUCAUCCAUUCACAUUUAGAGGUGACAUUCCCAAUCCUUGUUUUUGCACUUAAUUUAAAUAGGAACAGGUUUCACUUAAAGCAACUGGCAUUUACAGUGAGUACCAUUUGUUCAACUUAAUGCCACACAAUGAGUCUCUUGCAUUUAAUCAAAAGGGUUUUGCCUUAAUUAAAAAUAACCCCCACUUGUUUUGUUUUCUUGAA